AUCGAAUGUUGGCAGCAGUGUUGACGUCGUUUAGGCAAAGUGUCAUAUUUGUCUGCUAUCAUUUUCGUCUUUUGUGUAUAAAAUUGGUGCUACAUAGAAAAACUAUUUACGAAAAAGCGUUUUUAUGUGGGAGAAAGGCAAUCGGAACAUUAGUGAUACGUGAUCUCACAAGGAAAAUAACCAGCAAAUUAUUUUUAGUUAAUAAAAUCAUGGCAACAAAUCGAACUGGCGCCGCCCAAAGACCAAACGGCGCUACCCAGGGUAAAAUCUGCCAGUUCAAAUUGGUGUUGCUCGGCGAGAGCGCCGUCGGUAAAUCCAGUCUGGUGCUGAGGUUCGUCAAGGGCCAGUUCCACGAGUACCAGGAGAGCACCAUCGGGGCCGCCUUUCUCACCCAAACCAUCUGCUUGGACGACACCACCGUUAAAUUCGAAAUAUGGGACACCGCGGGACAGGAAAGGUAUCACAGUUUAGCUCCGAUGUACUACAGAGGGGCGCAGGCAGCUAUAGUGGUGUACGACAUAACCAAUCAAGAUACGUUCGGCAGAGCGAAAACGUGGGUGAAGGAGCUCCAGAGGCAGGCCAGUCCGACGAUCGUGAUAGCCCUAGCCGGCAACAAGCAGGAUUUGGCUAACAAGCGGAUGGUGGAGUACGAGGAGGCCCAAACCUACGCCGAUGAGAACGGUUUGCUCUUCAUGGAAACAUCGGCGAAAACGGCGAUGAACGUUAACGAUAUAUUUUUAGCAAUAGCUAAGAAACUGCCCAAAAACGAACAAACAUCCGGUCAGGGGGGCAGCGCCCAAGGCAGGCGAUUGGCAGAAGGAGAUGCGGGCGCCAAGGCCCCGGGAAACUGCUGCAAGUGAUGGUACACGCUUGCAGGUCGAGUGUUGUUCAACCGUCACGCUGAGAGAGGACUGGAAAGUGCGGCUGCACUCUAGUGAUAUAUUAUAUAUAUGUAAUAAAGGUCCUUCUAUUAACAAAAAAAAAAUAAAAAUAUAUUUAAACUUGAUGUACACUGUCACAUAUUGAUACGUCUUUAGAUGAAAACCAAAAAGGAAAUACGCGCGGAAAUUUGUCAUUGUUUAAGCCGAGUUGCAGUGCCCCAUCGUUGGGGCGUUCGAAUUUGUGAUAAUUGUACCUAUUUUAAUUCGUUUUAACAUAAAUAUAUAUAUUUGACAGUGUAGAUAAGUGUAGAACAAGCAUUUACAUCGACUGUACUUUUCCAGCACCACUAAACAGAGUAAUUUUACCGUUUUUUUUUUAAUUUUUACCUUAUCUUUUUUUUUCUAUUAGGAUGUGCAAUUAUAUGAUUAGAUAAGCAACUUUAAUUUCCUGGUACAGUCAAUCUAAAUGACCUUCCAAUUUAUACUUAACAAUCGGAGAGUAUAAACUGCAAGAAUUAACUCGUUAUAUGUAUUUUAUUAGUAUAAUAAUUGGUGAAAGUACGUUUCCUAACUAUUUCAAUAAUUUUUUCCGUACUGUCCGUUUUAUAUAUCACAAGAGAAAUCUUUUAUUCUUCAGGUACAAUGUGUUUUGGAACAUACUUUCGCGAUACAUGACUGAAAAGAACAUAUAAACAUUUGUACGUAAUUAUUGCUUUUAUUAAGUUUCUUUCCUACAAGAUAGCUUAGAUCCAAAGAAAGCAUAGAGGACACCGGGAAAUUACAAAGCAUAAAAGGGCAUUUAUUCAUCGUUAAACUAAACAUUUAUUGUGCAUUUUUAGAAGAUAUAAUUUGACUCGGUUAUGGAUUUGUUCUAACAGAUAUUUGCAGAUAAUUUAAUUUACCUGCACCUUUUUGAUUAGAGUCUGCAUAGGGAGAAAUGUUUGUCAAAUUAUAUUUAUCCAAGAUGCUCGAAAUGAAUGCCCCGAAUUUGUAUAACUUAGAUUAUUUUUAUUAUUUUAUUAUUGAAAUUUUUCACCUCCAAUAAAUAUUUAGUUGUAUUAAGUAAGUAUAUUAUUUCUUCCGUCCUUCAUUUGAAUCGAAAUUGGAAUAUUCCCUUUAGCGAAUUUAAAAUUGCCUGUAUUAAACUAACAUUUGAAACCGCUCAUUUAAAAUUGUGCAAUUUCCAACGGAUUUUCAAAUCAACUUUUAUACUGAAUUUAUUAUUUUUUUCUUAUUAAAAAUUAUCUAUUGCAAGGAUUCGUUAGAAAUGGUGCAACAAAUUGCCGUAUGCUAUAUUAAUAAGCUAACCAUUUGCUAUUUGUAACUAGCAUUUCAAUCACUUUAAGCUUUGAUGAUGAUGAUGAUGAAGUGACACGUCUACUUUGCUCGAUACUAUCUAAUAAUUCAACUAACAUUCCACAGUAUAGCAAGUAGUACACUAACAAUAUUGCAAUAAAUUCGCCUCUAUGCUUUCCCAGGUUGUUAAAAGACGUGUCAUGUGUCAAUCAAGGUAUAAGAGAAUGAAGAAUAAUAGUGUUUAGAACGUUAAAAUUUAAGAUCUCGACAGUUUUGACAAAUCGUAAUGAAUCUAUCCCGCAAUGCGCACGCGCAGUGUAUGUCAUUUUCGAUGGUUUUAUACCAUUGACAACUGACGUAAGGUUUUUGCUUAUUAUGAAUUAGAAAUCACAUAAAAAACUAAUUUGUAUUUUUCUUAGUAAGAAUAUUUUUCCUCAUAUUUCCAACCGUGUUUAUAACCUUCAAAAAAGGAUAGAUCCAUUACUGCAUGUACAGUAAAUACACCAUUUGUAUUUGCUGUAUUUUCCAAAACCUACCGAGAUCUUUUUUAUAAUUAAAUUUUACAUUAAUGUAAUCAACUUAGUGGAGAUACCGUACGUGUAGAAAGGGGUGUUUGUACAAAUUUAACGGGAAUAAUGAAGCGUAUCUCAAAUAAUCAUUACAAAAACUGUUACGUUUAUUAUGAAUUAUGAUUUAUCUAAUCAUUGUAGUGUGAUAGUAUGUCCAUUUAAUGCGGAUUAUUUAUAAGUAUAAUGAAGUUUCGAAAAAAAAAUAGUAUAUGUGAAUGCUGAAAUGCGGAGUUAAAGUAUUGGUCUUCUACUGUUUGUUAAUUGCGAUAAAAGUCUUUCGAAUUUAAUGUAAAUAGCUGUAAUUGAUUUUUUCGCUGUCGAAUUUCCGUUUAACAUUCUAUUUGAAGGUUAAAUUUCUUGUAAGACGUGGAAUGUUAAAUGAGAAAUAUAAAUUCGAGCGUUUUUCAUGUGGGAAUAACCUAUCACAUUAUUAUGCUUAUAAGCGCCCUCACUAAUACUAUUGAGAAAUUCGCAUAGUAAGGUGGCUUAAAUUAAUAUUUUGUUCUUAUUUUAGCAAUUCCUAAUACUAAUUUAAAUGUAUUUUGCUUUCUUUUCACCGAUUUAUAUUGCAUUGAAAAGCAUUUCUUGAAAUCGUGCAUUCAAUUAAAUUAGCGAGUAUUUUAUUAAAAGGUAAUUUUUAAUUUCCGAUUUUGGAGUUCAUGUAUACUUUUUUUUAAUAGGGGAUGUCCGAAUAUGCAUCCGUUUAUAUUUGUAUUAUAAUUGAAUAUAUUCUAAUAUUAAUUUUAUUUGCUUGCUUAUCAUCUAUGGUUAUAAUAAUUGUUCUGUUUGCACAGAAUCAGAUUGUACAGGAAAGUAAAACAUACUCAAUAAAGUUAUGAUAUAUGAUUUAAAUUAUUUUGUGGAUUUUUCGCUAACAUUAAAACGUUUUUGUUCGAUU